AUGCUCGCCGCCGGCACCUCCAGCGCGCCGGUCGCUGCCGCGUCCACGGUCGCUGCCGCGUCGGCGCGAGCCGCGCCGCCAAAGGCCGUCAAGCUCAAGAAGCGCCCUCGAGCCGGCAGCGAUGACGAUGAAUGGGCACCACCGGCGGGCGCGGCAGGUGGUCUCAAGCGUGCCACCGAAGCAUACAUCGCGCGCGCCGUUGCUGCCGCUGCGGGCGUGAACGAUGGGGUCGACAGAGGCCGGCCCAAGCGGCAGGCCGCGAUCGAGGCCGUGGCCAAAGCAGACCUCUGCCAGUGGCAAGAGAGCCUGAGCGCCGACGCAUUUGUCCGCGAGGCUUGCGUGCGUGCGCCUUGGACGCCCUCCUCGGCGCCGCAGCGCGCCGCGGGCUUCGAUGCGACGAUCCGCGUCGGCGAGGCGUACCAGGCAGUGGUGCCCGCCUUUGAGGAGGGGAGGCCGCGCCCGGUCGAGGUGCGCGCGGACGAGCUGCUUGUGAUCGAGUUUGAGCCGCUCCGUGCACCACCCAGACCAGCCUGCAAGCCGGUCGCCGCGACAGUGGUGUCGGUGGGCAAGCCUCCCCGCGGCCGAGCGAUUUCCGCCUCCUCGUCUUCCGCCGGGCGUGUUUGCUCCCUCAUUCCCACCAUUGUCGGCACGGUGCCCUCCGCUUCGACAGACCCUCCCCUGGUGACUCUCGAUGCCGUCCCGGUGGCGGCGACAGACCCUCCCCUCGUGACUCUCGAUGCCGUCCCGGUGGCGGCGACAGACCCUCCCCUCGUGACUCUCGAUGCCGUCCCGGUGGCGGCGACAGACCCUCCCCUCGUGACUCUCGAUGCCGUCCCGGUGGCGGCGACAGACCCUCCCCUCGUGGCUCUCGAUGCUUUCCCCGUAACCGGCGGCAGCGGAGCCACCGGCGCGAAACUUGGCGGCUCUGCUGGCCCGGGCAGGGUUCCGGUGCUGGCUGCGGCGUGUCCACCGAGUCAGGCAGCGGCGCUGGCUACCUCUUCCGUCCGCACCGCAGUCGAGGCGCCGAAGAGCGGACCGCGCCUGACCUCUGCGAUGACCGCACCGCCAUUGCCGUUGCCGCGAACCGCGCCAUUGCCGCUGCCGCGAACCGCGCCGCCGUUGAAGCUGCCGAAAAGCGCACCGCUGCCAUUGCCGCGCGGUCCACCAGCCGCAAGCCACGCUGCUCCCUCCUCGGCGAUGGGCUCGCAGUGCGUCGCUGCUGUCGCCGCCUCGGCCAGCCAGGUUGCGGGACUGGGCACCAGCCGGCCAGCCGGAGAGACCAGUCAGGUUGCCGCCAGAGGCAGCAGGCACGCUGCAGGAGGCAGCCAACUCGCCGCAUUGCCGGCGCGUGAUCCGAGAAACGCGGUGAUGUUGCAAAACAUCGCCGCCAACAUGGCUGCCAACAUGAACAUGAACGGCUUUUGA